UGAUGAAACGUCCAAGGAACAGUAGCUGGGAAUCGGAGGCAAUGUUCCGCUGAGGCCGGUCGGUUUUCUGUCAGAGCUUCUUUCCUCCCUUUAUAAGUACAGCAGAUAUUCGAUUCUAUUUGAGAUCAGAAGGUGAAGCUUCCUCUCUUGAUUUUCUCUCGGCUUUUCUUGCUUUCAUGUCGGUUUUAUGAACCAACGGAGCCAGAGGCUGUUUCCACUCGUUUGUUGAUAAAGCAUCACUCUGCUGAUAUAAAGCUGGUCCUUGCUAGUUGCUGCGCUUCCCCCUCUUCUUGAUAGACAUUUUAAUGGAUGCUGCCGCUCAAGGUUCUUCUUCUCCACAGACGGCUGGACCAGACGACGAUAUGGAGAACGAGAAUGUUCUUAUGAAGCACGUUUCAUUCUUUGACAACAACAACGAUGGGAUUGUCUAUCCAUGGGAGACCUUCCAGGGAUUUCGAUCCAUUGGCUGUGGUUUGUUGCUGUCUGCUGUCAGCGCCCUCUUCAUAAACACUGCUUUGAGUCGUAAGACCAUUCCUGCGGGAAAGAAGUCUUCACUCCUCUUCCCAAUCUACAUCGAAAAUAUCAACAAAUGUAAGCACGGAAGUGAUUCAGGAGUAUAUGAUUCGGAAGGAAGGUUCGUUCCAGCAAAGUUCGAAGAGAUUUUUAGCAAGUAUGCUGUCACGCACCACGAUGCAUUAACAGGGAAGGAGUUGAGCAACAUGUUGAAGGCAAAUCGAGAAGCUAAAGACUACAGAGGAUGGGUGGCCAGUUGGACGGAGUGGGAGAUCUUAUACUACCUCUGCAAGGACAAGGACAAAUUGCUCCACAAGGAGACUGUCAGGGCUGUUUAUGAUGGCACUCUCUUCCAUCAAAUGGCGAAGAAGAAGCGUUUGUCUACUGGUGAUAACAAAAGGAACUGAACGAAGAUCAAGUUGGGAACUUCAUGGUGGAUAUAUAGAGUGCUAAGCCUUUGCAGUUUCUUCAUUGACAGGCCCUUUGCUUUAAUGCUUGAUAGUUGAUACACAACAAGCCGCUUGAUCAUGUAUUGGUUUAAUUUAACGUCAGUAGAUUAACUGACAAUAAAUUUGUGACGUGGAAAGUAAAUUUUUAUGUGACAUUUAAUGGAGCUGUCCUUUGUUCCUUCUUAAUUUUAUGUAACAAGGAAGUCUGUGCGACAUAGAGAUGGGGGUUGGAUUAAAACCUGAAA